UCAAUCGAAUGUUGUUGUUUGCGUUCACUACCGAAAUCUGGAAAUAGCCAGCAAAAUAAUACAAAACCAUAAUGGUAAUUGGUUAAAAGUGUUUUUUAAUUAUUUUGUUUUACCGUUUUUGUUUAAUUUAAAUUUAAAUUUUUAUUCCUGUUGGUGUAUUUUUAAAAAAAUAUGUACACAAAUUUGUGUUACACUUGCUGAUGUUGUGAAUAGAAUAGGCCAAUCAAAAGUGUUUUUUCGAUGGCGGAGAAAGAAUAAGUGGCAAAAGCUUAAUUUUGAAAAUAAAGGGGAAUAUUCUUACCAAAUUUUGUUGUUUUUUACUACCUAUAGGUAUAGAUGUACAUAUAUUAAAAUAAAAUAAAAAUAAAACAGAACAAGAACAAAAACAAGACAGAAAAACCGGGAGGGAACGGAAGACGAGUUUGUUUAUUUAUUUCGUUGUUGGUGUUUUUCGAUUUAUCUUUCGUUCACUUGUUUGAUCGUUUGCUGCUUACGUGGAAUACUUUUUGUUUUUAACUUUCGAUUAUUAUAUACCUACAUUUAUAUAUCGUGAGAAAAAGGGACGAAAUUGAAAAACAAGAAGAAGGACGAAAAAGAUAGGUAAGCGUGCUUACUGAUCUUCAUCGGAUUUUGUUUGUUUGUUUGAAAAAUAAACAGUCUUCACAUAUUUUUGAAAAUCAAAGUUAUCUUGUUGAAGGGCGGCGAGGCAAAGUUAUAAUAAAUCCUCUAACCUUCACCAAUGAAUAAUUAAUAUGACUGAGAGUCAAUUAUUUUCGAUGUCGGCUGAUUUCUUUGAUACCUCAUCGAACAGCAGCAACACGCUGAAGUUCGAUUUGUAUUCACUGGGUAGUGGCUUCAGUUCAAGCAGUAAUAGUCUUCUCUAUAGUGGAGGUGGUGGUGGCAGCAAUAGUCAUCUAACCUUUAGCCAACCGACAAUAUCAAUUGCUCAGAGCAAUAGUAAUAAUUCCUAUAACAACGGUACAAACAAUUCAUCGAGUGCAACAGCAACUAUCACCAGCAGUAACAGCACGUCUCUAGAUAGUGUUCGUGAAAAUUUAAUGCUAACUAACGCCAUAUCCAUACCGCGAAGCAGCAGCAGUAUACACCACAAUCAAUUGAACCACCAUCCUCUGCACCAUCAUCAUAUGCAUCAACCUAGAAUAAUGACCGACCUAUCGGACAUAUGUUUGGAUUCACUAGAAGCAACGUCUCUGUCACCAACUCUCCUACAGGACGUUAGCUUGAGUGCGUCGGCUAUUAAUUCGCAUAAUACAAACUCAAAUGGAAAUAUGUUGUUCCCCAAUGAGCUAUCACCGCUAAGUAAUAGUAGCAAUGGAGGCGCUGCUGGCAGCGCCAAUAGCAAUUCUGGAAAUGGAACUAAUUCGCUUGGCUUUGAUCCCCACCAGCCAACACCAAACUCGAAUACAAUGUGGAGUGAUAUAGGCAAUGCCAUUGUUGCAACCAAAAACGAACCAUUUCAAACCGAAGACGACUACAUAUUUCCUAUUGAUAAAGCAGAGAUGCAAAAUGCUAGUUUUCCAAAUUUCUACGACGAAAACAUAUUGGAAGACCUUAAUAUUGAGGAUUUAAUACCAACGAAUGAAGGAAGCUAUAUACUCUCGCCAAAUGUCACAGGUUUCCAUCAGUUACAAACCUCAACUCAGUUGCACAGUCCGCAACCAUCGCCAGCAGGACCACCACAACAGUUGUUGGAGCAACAACACCAACAACAUCAACAACAACAACAACAGCAGCAACAAAAUCAACAGCAACAACAAGUUCAUCAUAAUCAACGGAUACAACAACAUCAAAACUCUAUGGGGGUUCAUCUCCACCACAAUAGCUUUGACGAACGUCGUCACAGCUCUGCAAGGCACCAUGGUUCCUCUAGUCCAUACGAAAUCUAUCAUAGCACUCCAAAUAAACAAAUCAAUUCAAAUACAGCAUUCUCGCCAGGAAGUCAGGCGAGUCCAAACUCACCACUCCUAUUAAACUCAGUCACACCCCCACCACCACAUGCCAAUCGUUCUCAAUAUCAACAAAACAUGGUUAAGUCUCGUAAUGUUCAACUGCUCAAAAAGGAAUUCUCCAUGUCGCCAGAUCGCAAUAACAGCAGUAGUCUUCUGGGUCAAUCAGUUCCUGCGCCCUCACCAUCACACAUUCUCUUAUCGGGUACAGCAUUAAGUCCCGGCAGCAGUGGUUUUGGUUCUGGUCGAAGAACUUUAACAAGUGAUACCUCAUCACGUUUGUCAUCUUCGGCUCCGACACACGUGUCGCAUUUAGCCAUGGAGCAAAUUUGGGGUAGACGUGAGCCGCGGCAGCAUUUAUUAUCAACUGGUUCGCUGGUCGAAGCAGAUUCAUAUUCUUCUCUUAGUACAGGAAGUGUUUUAAGUCCAGAGGGUAAUGAUUUCUCUCAGGAUGACGAAGGAUAUACUGAUGAUGAUAGCGAUGAUCAUUAUGAAGAUUGUUCAAGCGAUGGCUCCGAUAACGAAGAUGACCGUACCUCAACACCGAAUCAAUUAUCUAGUAGCAAAGGUAAAGAACGUUAUUUUUGGCAGUAUAAUGUUCAAGCUAAAGGUCCAAAAGGCAAACGUUUGGUAUUUCAAUCAAAACUUGAAGAUCCUCAUGUGUUGAAUGAGGUAACAGAUCCGGUAUUCAGCCCCAACUGUUCAGUUCGGGGCAUCAAGCAUAGCGGCAAAGCUCGGAAAGGUGAUGGCAACGAUUUGACACCAAAUCCAAGAAAGUUGCACAGUAUCGGAAGAGAAUUGGAUAAACUGAGUAGAACUAUUAAUGAUAUGACACCUGUCAGUGAAUUACCAUUCAAUGUGAGACCUAAAUCGAGAAAAGAGAAAAAUAAGCUAGCGUCCAGGGCAUGUCGUCUUAAGAAAAAAGCCCAACAUGAAGCUAACAAAAUUAAACUACAUGGACUUGAAAUUGAGCAUAAGAGGCUUUUAAGUGGUAUUAAUGAUAUCAAACAAGCACUUUGCAUAAAAUAUCAAAAUCAAGGUGAACCAACUGAUGAAUUAGAUGAACAAAUUGAACAAAUCUAUAAAGCUGCCAUAAAUUGCAAUGUCCUUCCAGCUGGUCUAAGGAUUGCAGGUGGCACAACAGACUUUGUCAACAACGUAUUGGACAAUGUUAAGAAAGGUAUUUCUAAUGGUGGUCUAGAGGAUUUACGCAACUCCUAGAAAUGAUUGAAAUCGAUCGGAGAAAAUGCUGAAAACAGUAGUAAUGAAGACAGAGUUCUGAUAAAGAUUAUUGAAGUCAAAAAACAGAGAGGCAAGCGGAAUAUAAAAUUACAAACAACAAAAUAACAUCUAAAAGCUGUUUAAACAAAACAAAUACUUGCAUAUUAUGUAAUUCAAUAAGUGUUUCAGUUUCCUCAGUGCUGUGUAAAUCGAGAUUUUUUUUUUUAAAUAAAUAACAAUGGUGAAUUUUAUUAAAGAUACAUAUAUUUUAUAUAAAAACUUACAUUACAUGCAAAACUACAUUAUUAUGUAUAUAUAUACGAGUGUAUAAUAUAUUUAUGAAGAUUUUCUUAUUUUUUGGCUUUAAUAGUUUUUAGAUUUUAUUUUUUUGAAAUAAUUUAUGAGUUGGGAAAGUAAGAAAAACUAUAAAUAAGAAAUAUAAAUAUUAUAAAACUAUUUUAUCAAAGAAUAUAAUAAACACAAGUUCGUAUUUAAAAAUAUAAAUUUAAACAAAUAAUAAAAAUCACGCAAACAUUUUACAAACAUUUUUAAUAAGCUACCAGUUUUACCUGCUAAUUUUUAAGGUAUUAAUUCAUUAAGGCUUUUAUGUUUAUUUAUUAGUUUUGUAGUCUGUUUUUUUGUUAAGGCUAUAAUAAUGUUAAAGUGGAUUUUAUCUUAUAAUUUUAUUUGUUUUCUAUUUUAAUAUCAAUAUAAUAUAUAAUUGAAAUAUUACUUUAAAAUUUGUUUUAUGUUUUUUUUUUAAUUUUUUGUAAGCAAUAUUGUGUUUUAUUGUGUUGGCGAGUUUUUAAACAACUCUUGUGUUAUUUUUUCAAUUUUUCAACAUUUCGUAGAAAAAAUAAUGCUAUGUUUAAAAAACAAAAAAAUGUAAAAUGUAUUCUCACUGAUGAACUUGUUUUUAUCCUACUUGGCUUUUCAAGGCUUUUUGUUUUUCUACAAGUUAUCAUAAUCAUUCACAUUAAAAAUAAAAUUUCAAAAAAUCGUGUAUAUCUUGAACAAAGAAAAAACAAAAUAUUAACUUGA